GGUCAGUUCACUUUCGACGGUGUGGGAGGGAGGUUGUGUGACGCGAGUCCCAAGACAGGGGGCGGUGCUGUUGGUGUGUGUGUAGUGACUGUGGGGUUGUAUAGUGACAUUAUACAUAGUGGAGAAGUUCUGGGUAUCGUUUCUCCAUGGGUUGGUGGGGAGGUGUGCGGUGAAGAUGCCCGGGGCGACGACCCAGGAGCCACCCAGCGAGCGCCGGCGGCUUCCCAAGCGGUCGUCGUCCUCGGCUAGCAAUCUGCGGAGGGACCCCCCGGGCCACAGCAACGUCGUCAUCACAGGCUACACGUCGGUCAACACAGACCUCCCCCCCAUCACCUCCUCGGACGUCCUGAAACCCGAUGCGUCAGACCCCCAGACCCGUCCUCGGGAGAGUCCCGGCGGCUCCCCGGGGUCUUCUACAUCGUCAGGAGUGUCCUCACUUGGGUCCGCGUCGCUGCAAAGGAAGCUCCCGCGUUCGCCCGCCAAGAGGUCCGCGUCCAUGCACCAGCAGCGACCCUCCUCGUUCAACGGCUUUGGAGGCCCCUCGACAUCAGACACGUCCUCGGUGUCCUCGUCCCCCGAGAGCGAGAGCCUCGACGAGGACGAGCUCACUUGUGCCAUCUGCCUGGACCUCCUCCACCGGCCGCGCUCCCUCCCGUGUGGCCACUCCUUCUGCCUCGUCUGCUUACAGAACUAUGUCAAUUCGUGUAGGAUGAUGUUCACGUGCCCGUCAUGCAGAGCAGCAGCGCAAGUCCCGCAUGAAGGCGUCGUGGGGUUACCUAUCAAUAGGGUACUAGCGAAGGGCGCGCAGGUGAUGCGACAACGGCGGCAGUGUGGUGACACGCCCGUGUGUUUCACUUGUCAGACGGCAGUGGGCGUCAGUGAGUGCGGACACUGUGGGCGGAUGUGGUGCGAUAUCUGUGGCGCCAGCCAUGCUCUGAGUGUGCGAGAGGCUGUGGUUGAACUCCAAGAGCGUUUGGUGGCGGCCCGUGAGACCCUCUUCUAUCGCGCCGAAGAAGACGAGUUCCGCUUUGAUAAACUUGAGGAAAAUAUCAAGGACGCGGUGACAGAGCGUAUAGAGCAGGUGAACGAAGACGGACGUCGUCUAAUCUCUCAGGUACAAGAAAUGAGAAAAGAUAACCAACAACGAUCAGAAAACCUCGCUGAGGACAUUGCAAACUUAUUAAAAACAAACAUUUCGUUGAAAGAGGAUGUGUCAUUAGAGUGGAAGACAGUGGGCCGCCUACACGCAAAGCUUUCCCAUCUCGUCAAGGCUUUGUCGGCUGCUAAGGGACCUCGCGUGACCCUCGACGACAGCUGUAGUUAUUUUAUUGAGGGAGCAGUUUUUAAGCACAAUAGACUUCUCAGCUUUCACGCACGGCUCAUCGCUUUUGUAAUCAACAGAAGCAAGAGUUCCCUGGCGAGAAUCCGAUGGGGACAGCACCUUGGAGAGCGGCCAGCGGGCGUCGCCGUCAGCCCGUGGACAUCGCAGAUAUUUGUGUCUGGCAGUGACACUUGCAGAAUAUUUAUGUUCGACAGUUCUGGAAGACAGGUAUCGAGCUUUGGGUCACGUGGACGCAAGGACGGGCAGUUUCUGUGUCCAAUCAGCAUAGCUUUUAGUCAUGUAUCGAAGGAGGUCUUUAUUUCGGACAAAUGGAAACACUGUAUCCACGUGUUCGAUCCGGACGGGAACUUCAUCCGUCAGUUGGGGCGAAAAGGGAAGGGUUUCGGACACUUCAUUUCCCCCGAGGGCAUUGCCACUGAUCGCUUCGGGAGAAUCUACGUGGCCGAUACGUGUAAUCAUCGUGUACAAAUUUUGGAUAGCGACGGCGUGUUCCUGCGCGAAGUGGGCGUGGUAUCCUCAGAAACACUAAAGGACGGGCGUCGGUUCACCAAGAGUGAGUUUAACGAACCGUCGGGCGUGGCUGCUAGUCUGGAUGGUUCCCGGGUGUAUGUGGUGGACACGGGCAACCACAGGAUUAAGGUAUUUGACGGCGUGACGGGCGAAAGGGUCCUCAUGUUCGGGUCUCGCGGACAGCACAAAGGCCAGUUCGAAUCCCCGGAGUGCAUUGCCGUCGACGCCGAGGGAUUUAUACUUGUUGGUGACUCGGGCAACGGGCGUGUUCAAGUGUUCAGACCUAAUGGGAAUUUCGUUAGGUACCUGGGCACGCGUGGGAAUUGCCAUGGUGAGUUCGGAUGGGUAUCGGGCAUAGCAGUCUCCAAGAACCUAGAUGUUGUUGUUACUGAUUUUAAGAACAACCUCGUGGCAAUGUUCUGAAGGAGGAGGCUGCGCAUCUGUUCAUGGUCUCGUAUUUUUGUGCGUGGCGUUUCGGUGAAAUUUGUGACUGUGUGUUUAUUGGAAAAUGGUAUGAGGACCAGUGCAUAUAUAUAUAUAUACACACACACACACACACACAUAUAUACACACAUACAUAUAUACACAUUAAUGCACACACACACACACACACACACACACACACACACACACACA